GAUUACAACCGUUGAUGGUCAUAUCGAUCACUUCUAUUUACGAAUCAUUUCUAUUUCCUAGCUCGUGUGCAAAAAUCGUCCAAAAUGAUCAUAAAUUCAUUUAAAUAUAAUUAUUACUUAUACUGGGCAGCAUGUAGUGUAAAUUUCUUGGGCAUCAAUACAGGCGGUGUAUGGUCGUGGGCUUCACCAUCAUUACCCAUACUGAAGAGCAACGAUACAUCGAUAAAUCCAGUCGGACGCCCGAUCACUUCGUACGAAGAAUCUUUAAUAGCAUCCUUGGCGAUUCUGGGCUCUGUAGUUGGAACUUUGGCGGGCGGUGUAAUUGGUGAAAAAUUCGGCAGGAAAAGAACUUUAAUGGUGUUCAGUUCGACCUUUCUUCUGGGUAACGUGGUUAUAGCGAAUUCGACUAGAGUUAUUUAUUUUUUUGUAAUAAGAUUCAUAGUAGGAUUGGGUGCGGGUUGCUCGGCUUCUCUUAUACCACUUUACAUUGGUGAAUUGUCUGAAGAUUCGAAUAGAGGUGCUUUGGGAUCGAUGUUCGGCCUGAUGUUGAGUGUUGGUAAUUUCCUUUCGUUUGCUGUGGGUCCUCUUCUCGAUAUAAAAACGUUCGCGUAUGUUUUGUUGGUUCCUGUUACUUUGUUUUUUAUCGUAGUGGUUCCUUUCGUACCGGAGAGUCCUUAUUACUAUUUAUCUAUUGGCAAAACUGACGAUGCGAAAAAUGCUUUAAAAAAGAUAAGAAUUAAUAACAUCGAAAAGGAGUUUAUUGGCUUGAGUCAAGUUGUAGAAGAGAGUUUAACUAAGAAAGCUACUUUAAAGGAUUUAUUUGCAUCGAGAGCGUCCAGAAGAGGUCUAUUGAUUGUCAUUACUUUGCUGCAAUUUCAACAAUAUUUAGGCAUUUCUGUGGUGUUAACGUAUUUGCAGCCUAUACUUGAAGCUAGUGGUAACAUUAUCCCCGCUUAUAUUGCCUCGAUAAUUAUAGCUACAAUUCAGGUUAUCUUUAGUUGUGUGGUAACUGCAUUCGUCGAUAAAGUAGGUAGAAAAAUUUUACUUUACGUUUCAUCGAUCGGUUGUUCAGCAUCACUGCUCGCAUUGGGAAUAUAUUUUAUUCUACAAGAUAAAAACUACGAUAUGAACUCGGUGUUUUGGGUACCUUUAGCGAGUUUAAUACUGUAUUAUGUAUGUUUUAAUUUAGGCAUCGGUCCCAUUCCUUUCAUUAUUUCCGGUGAAAUUCUAGCAACGAAUUACAAAUCUCUAUCUGCUUCCGUGUCCACUUGCUUAUUCUUGCUUAUAUCGUUUAUUAUCACUAUGUGCUUUCCCUUUGUACGCGACGCUUUCGGUAUGGGAGUCCCUUUCUGCGUAUUCAGUGCGUUAGGAUCGUUGGCUGUUGUGUUUGUAUUUUUUUUCGUUCCCGAGACCAAAGGGAAAAGUUUUCAAGAAAUACAGGACGAGUUGAGAAGAAAAUAAGUGGAAUUAUAAUGUAUUUUGUAAUAUAGAGUUGUUAUAAUAUAGCGAAAGGCAGAGGGAUGUUGAGA